AGGGAACCUCUGCCUGGCCAGAGGCACGGGGAGGUGAGCGCGGGAGCCCGCCCUGGUGCAGCCCCGCAUUCGACUCGUUGUCAAGCCCUGUGGGUGAAGCGGUGUUCAUGGGACUGGAACUGCACUCUUGUUUCUCUAGGCCUUUCCGGCUCUCUUGAAACUGCACUGAACCGAAAUUCCUUAUUUCUCCAGGCCUCGCUAGCUUUCUGGAGGCUGCACUUACUGGAACUACCUGGUGCUCCUGGAAAAAUGUUUGGCCAUGAAAUAACACUUACACGCCAUUGCAGGGAACUUGUAGUACGGGAGUUGUCUUUCUGUUUUGUUUGAAGCUCAGUGAAAUUUUGGGUUUGCUUUCAGUCUGCUGCUGGCUGAUAAACCUGACUUCUGUGCUGAGAGGCAUACUAAAUUAAUUUCUAUUUGGAGCGUGGGAGAAAGCUACUGUGGUUGUUUUUGCAUUUAUGGUUUGAUGUGUUUUGCCAUUCUUUUUCCUAAUGAUAAAACUGUGCAAAUUGCCCUUUCUGAUGGAUGACAUCUGCUGGGUUUGUACCCAGAGAUGCUUUUGGUCCGUGUGCUACAAGUGAGGAAUUCCAGGCCAUCCAAACCUGGAUCAGAAGUUACACAGAGAAGUUCCCAAUGGAGAAGUUGAAAUGUUGCUGUAGUUCCUCACGCAAAUCCCAGGUUGCUAAGGGAUGUGUCAAUCCACAGACAAUUUACUCUCUGAAAUUAAUGUCCUGAAGAAGAUGGAAGUUCACCUGACCCAACCAGUCAUACAAGUCUUCACUAUUUUUGGUUUGGUGUUUUUGGUGUUGUAAGAGGAGGGGAAAACUUGUAAACUUGCCUUUUUUGUGUGUGUGGUUUUUAAAUUUUUUUUUUUAGUUCAACGUUUUUAAUAAUGUUGUAUAAAGGUGUUGAAAUUCGGUUAUAUUUAUAAAACAUAACUAUUUAAUUGGAUAAGUGGAGUUGGAGUGCAACAGGACAGUUUUAUUUGGAUCAUGAAGCCUCUCUGUGAUAUGAUGGAGCUCCUAGAGGAAGAUCUCACCUGUCCCAUUUGCUGUAGCCUGUUUGAUGAUCCUCGAGUCCUGCCCUGUUCACACAAUUUCUGCAGGAAGUGUCUGGAAGGAAUUCUCGAGGGAAAUGUGCGGAACGUGCUUUGGAGACCAUCUCCUUUCAAGUGCCCCACAUGCAGGAAGGAGACUCCUGUUGCUGGAGUCAACAGCUUGCAGGUCAACUAUUCCCUGAAAGGUAUUGUGGAGAAGUACAACAAAAUCAAAGUAUCUCCAAAAAUGCCUGUGUGCAAAGUGCACAGUGGGCAACCCCUUAACAUUUUUUGCCGGACAGACAUGCAGCUGAUCUGUGGGGUUUGUGCCACCCGUGGUGACCACACAAAGCAUGUUUUCUGUUCCAUUGAAGAAGCUUAUUCCCAGGAGAAGCGGGCUUUUGAAACCCUCUUUCAGGGCUUUGAAACUUGGCGUUGUGGAGAUGCCCUCUCACGGCUGGAUACCUUGGAAACCAGUAAGAGGAAAGCUCUGCAGAUGCUGACCAAAGAUUCUGACAAAGUGAAAGAGUUCUUUGAGAAGCUGCAGCACACGCUGGAGCAGAAGAGAAAUGAGAUUCUUUCUGACUUUGAGACCAUGAAGCUUGCAGUGAUGCAGGCCUAUGAUCCGGAGAUCAAUAAACUGAACACAAUUCUGCAAGAGCAGCGGAUGGCUUUUAACAUUGCAGAGGCCUUCAAAGAUGUGUCUGAACCCAUUAUAUUUCUGCAACAGAUGCAGGAGUUCAGGGAAAAAAUCAAGGUGCUCAAAGAAACGCCUUUACCUUGUUCCACUGUGGACAUCAGCCCCACAAUGAAGAGCUUUGAUACCAGCCAGUGGAAUGGAAUAAAACUAGUUGAUGUGGACAAACUCUCCUUGCCUCAGGAAAACAACACUUGCAAAUUCAAGAUUUCCUCAGUCUUUUCAUGGAGAUUUAUACUGAACUGUCUUAUUUUCUUUACAAUUAUCUUGUCCUAUUUGGCAGAUAAUGUGGAGAUAGCAGAUCAUGCAGUCUUUUACUGGGAACAGAUGGCAGAUGGAGCUUCACUUCUAAGAGAAAAGUGUAAAAACUAUACGUUGGUUGUACUGGAUAAUGUUGCGGAGUUUGUGUGCAAAUAUAAACUGUUGUGAAGUCCCUG